AUGACAUCGGCAUUUUCAAGUUCAGAUACUGCGGUAUUAGAGAGGCAAGCAGAUUUGAUAGAUGUAGAGCAAGAUAUCUCCUUGGAACAAAUAUGGGGAGAUGCUCAACGUGAAAAUUGUAUUGAAUGGAUAAAGAAGAACAACUACAAAAGGGUUUGUCUACAAUUUCCCGAUAAUUAUCUAAAAUGUAGUGAAACAAUUGCGGCAAGUAUUCGACAGGCCUUUUCCUUGGCUGACGAAGUGAAGACAUUUAUAUUGGCCGAUACAUCCUACGGAAGUUGUUGUGUAGAUGAGAUUGCUGCCGCUCAUGUUGAUGCCGAUAGUUUGGUACAUUUUGGCAAUGCCUGUCGAAGUAAAGUUUCACGUUUGCCAGUACUAUACUUGUAUCCCCAAUUCGAUAUCGACAUGCAAAAAUUCUACGAAUACCUUAAAUCAUUUAUCGAACACUCAACCUCACAUGUGGUAACAGUUUAUCUCGAUAUUGGCUACCAUCAACUACUCAACGAGCCGAUCAAUGACGAUCUUAAGGAAAAAUUGAUAAAUCUUAAAACCAAACGUCUGGACUUAGUGACUUAUUGUGGCGACAAAUUUGCCACCAUUACAGAAGAUGGACAAUUUGCCAUCACAUCACAAGGCGACUACACCAAGGAAGUAGAUGAAAUGAACGCUGAAAGGAUAUGCUUAUUUAUUGGUUCCGAUAAUCAAAGAUUCUUUAAUUUAUCACUUACCACCAAAGCUGGCAAAUGGUUUAUUUAUGAUGUUGCAAGCGGAACGGGUAGGGAAAAGAAUCCCUUAACUGCCAAUUAUAUACGUCGCAGAUAUUUUUAUAUUGAAAAAUGUAAAGAUGCCCAAACCUUGGGACUAAUUGUUGCCACACUCACAUCCAAUGGCUAUUUGGAUGUUGUGAAACAUCUACAAACCAUGGCCAAGGCUAGAGGCAUAAAGACACAAAUCAUUUCCGUUGGACGCAUCAACCCCGCCAAAUUGGCCAACUUUUUGGAAAUAGAUUGUUUUGUACUUAUCGGUUGUCCCUUCAACAAUAUGUUUGAAUCGAAGGAAUUUUACAAACCCAUUGUUUCGGUAUUUGAAGCAGAAAUGGCCCUCAAUCCAGCAUGGCAUAUGCGUUAUCCUGAAUCGUAUGUUACAGAUUUUAAAGAUCUACUACCAGAGGGACGUAGUUUCCUUGAAUUCAAUGCAAACGACAUAAAUCCCGAGGAUGUUAGUUUGCUAACCGGGCGUAUGCGUUUUAAUGGUACUUCCAAUGGAAAUGACGUGGAAGCAGCAAAUCUAUCGGCUUUAUCCGAACAACAGCAGGCAAUUGCCACUCAGGCUAGAAUGGAGGUGAUGACAACAAAUACAGGAUUGACAUUUGAAGAUCGUACAUGGCGUGGACUUGACCCGGCAUUAGGUCAAACAGAACCGGCAAAAAUUGAAAAGGGUUUAAGUGGUAUUUCCAUUCGUUAUACUCAUGAUUAGAA